CCUGAGGGAAGGAGCAAGUGCCGAUAUAAGGGAUGCAGAGGACUUGGGGAAGGCACAGUGCUCUGAAGCUUCAAAUCCCCGCGCCUCCUUCAUCCUCUCGCCGCCCUCUCUUCGCCGCAAUGAGUCUCCAGCCCAGCCGCGCCGCCCUCAUCUCCAGGUCGCUGUGCGCUCUGCUCGCUCUGCUGCUACUGACGCCGCCGGGCUCCCUCGUCAGCGCUGGUCCUGAAGCGAUCGUACAGAGAGAGCUGCGUUGCGUGUGUUUAGGCUUCACAUCCUCGAUGUCUCCCAAAAUGAUCACUAAUCUGCAGGUGAUCCCCACAGGACCGCAUUGCCCCAGAGUAGAAGUGAUAGCCACCUUGAAGAACAAGAAGGAAAUCUGUUUGGACCCAGAAGCCCCUAAGUUCAAGAAAAUCGUCCGGAAAAUUUUGAACAGUGGAAACAAGAAAAAUUAAAAGAAAGAAACAUGCGUUGGAAAAACUGCCCAGUUCUUCAGCAGAAGAGUUUUCUGGAGCUCUCAGGACCCAAUGAAGAUAAAAAGCAAAUGCUGAUUUCUCCAGGGAGUUCUGUUUCUUCAUGAAUUCCCUACUUUGAGAGAGGGAUGGGAUGUGGGACCUAGGUUUGUCUCCGCAGCUUUCUGCUCAGUUUAUGAAGUAAUUUACAUAGUAGUUCCUGCUAUUUAUUUGCUGUUAUUUUAUCUGCUAUGCUAUUGAAAUCUUUGGCGAUUGACUAAAUAGUAAACCAAGAAUCACUGGUUGUUAAUCUUUCAAGGUGACUAAUGCAUUUCUAGAAUAUAUUUCCUAGAGUGUUACUGAAAAGCCUGUGGAUUUAAUUUGUAAAUGGUAUUUCUUUAGAAUGCUACAUAUGAAGAUAAACUGCUACUCACUCUUCUCAUGAAACCGGAACUAUUUUAGUAUUGUUUUUUGGGGAAUAUGUUAAAGAGUUUCCUUACUCUUUACCCUGGUAUCCUAUUUAAGUUACAUUGCAUUAGAAAGCUAGGUGCAUCAUACAGUUUUCUGUGUAGAAUGUAUUUCCUUAUUUAGAAUUUUUAAAUAUUUAAAUUCUAUAAGGAGUAAUAUAUUCUUUUCCUAUACACUUCAGACAUUUAAUGUCUUCUUAGUAUGGCAUAAUGUCAUGACUUACUCAUUAAACUUUGAUUUUGUAUUGUAUUUAUUAACUAUUUUAUUAGGAGUACCAUAAUUUUACUCACUAAAUAUAUGUUUUGGAUACACGAAGCAGCUAGGAAAUAGGUAAAUUCCAAUUCCUUAUGGAUAAUUUUUACAGAAAUGCAUUCCUAUAGGUUUCCUUUUUUUUUUUAGAAUAAAGCAAACUUAACAGUGAUCUGUACUCUAAAAGUUUUGAAAAUAUAUUUGAGCUAUUUGAAUAUAAAUACAUCAUUUAGUUUUUUAAAAAAUACACAACACUGCUAAGAUUGGUAGAUGCUUA